GUCCAGCUUCAAAAUGAUGCAACUGAUCAUCUUUCUUGUCAUCAUUAGCUUAACUACAGCAGAUGUUUACCAAAUGCCGCUUACACGCAUUGAAUCUAAAAUGAUCCGAAUGCUACGAGAGGGCACAUGGUCAGAAUAUCUUAAGCGGAUCAACUUGAAACGAUUGGAUACUCAUGAAGCAACAAACAAUGAAACGUAUCCUCAAAAUGCUAACAGUCUUUUCCAGAUAGAUCUAUACGAUGACAGCGAAUACAUCGGAAACAUUACGAUAGGAACGCCUGAGCAAGAGUUUCAAGUUUUAUUAGAUACCGGAUCUGCAGAAUUUUGGGUGCCUGAUUUUACCUGUGCAGCAGAUACGCCAGAAAUUUGCGACGAAUCG